AUGUCCACCAACGGCAGCUCCGCUCCCGAAUCGCCCACCGCUGCCCCGGUCGAGGAGCCAAAGCCAAAACUCCAAGCGAUAGAAGUCAAAGUCAAGGACCAGCACGGCAACGAACUCACCUUUAAGAUCAAGAAAACCACACCAUUGGAAAAGGUGAUGAAUGCGUAUUGCACGAAUAAGGAACUUAGUAGAGAUUCUCUGCGGUUCUUUUAUGAUGGUCAGCGCCUGAAUGGCAAGGAUACGCCAGAAUCAACCUUUGAUCUAGAGGAUGCCGCGGAUGACGAGGUCUACCAGAUCGAUGUCAUGAUGGAACAGCUUGGUGGUUAUUAG